AUGGAGGGCAAGCUGUACGCGGGAGAAGAGGACCACGAGAAAGAGCGACCCCAGGACUACUUCAAGACCUACCACGCCUUCGAUGCCGGCACCGCGGCAGAGAACGAAAUCCUGAAAUUUAGCCUGGAAAACCUCUUCCACACCUUCUCUUCAGGAGGAGUGGGAGGCGACAUCUUGAUGGACACUGGCACAGGCCCCAACACCUACCAGCUGCUCUCGGCCUGUGAGGCCUUCCAGGAGGUCAUCCCCACAGACUACACGGAGCAGAACCUCCGGGAGCCCGCGCCGUGGCUGAGGAAGGUGGGGGCCUGUGACUGCUCCCCAGCCGUGCAAUGCGUGUGCAAGCUGGAGGGAGACACGUACCAGCAGGUCACCAUCCCUCUCAGACAAGGUCUCCCCAUCCCCCACCAGACAGAGCAUGAGCCCACCGACUGCUUCAGCCACAUCUUCCUACACCUUCUUCCUGACUUCUUGGGUCUCAUCGGCCCACACCUCUCCCUUUGA